AUGGCGCCUCGCAAACCAGCGGCCGCGGACAAGGCAAAAGAGCCUCUUGCUGUCAAGAAGAGCAGCGUCGUCAAGAGGCCCGCUCGCGGAUUCCACAAGUUCAAGAACGGAAUGCUGAACGUGAGGCCAAAGGGCGACGAAAAGGCUCUGAUCAAAAUCUGGGAGUAUGCGCUUGGUGGCAAGGAAUUCCGCCUGCUCUCCGGAUCCUCUCGAAAGAGCUCGGUCCAACCUAGGCCAAGUGAAAAGAAGAACGCUUUUGUGCUCCUCAGGAUCAAAGAUUUACGAAUUGAGGUGUCUUCGCCUGGAAUGUUGAUGUACUUCGACAAACUCAAGCUUGGUGUCCUAUCAGAGCUACGCCGCAUCCGAUUCUGCAUCUUUCCUGACCGUAAACACAAGUGGGAGAAGAAAUCGUUUACUGAGUGCGAAAAUUCUCUCCGGGAAAUUCCUCUUCUUACUACUUGGGCGUCAUCCUAUGACCUGAUUGUCGAGAAGAUGGAGAUGUCCUUCUCCACAUUCAACAACAAGUAA